AUCGCUACGAUCGGCUGGGAUGGUCUUCUGAUGGGCGGCUCCUUCAACCACCUCACCUUUUCUCUUUGUUGCCUCAAGCAGGCUUCUUUUUUCCUCCCAUCUGCCCUUGUGCGACUGAGACCUUGUGGCGGUGCAUGUGAUGUCACAGAUCUCAGCUGGUGCCUAGUAUACGAGGGGCUCUGCUAAUUGGACGUCGCGGGGAAACCAUCGCAACGAAAAAUCUAGAAGAAAAAUAGGUUGAAACCGGAGAAACCGUCAUCAGUCUUAAUAGCCAUCUGAUAUGUGUUGUGACUCCACAGACAGAUCUCUUUGCGUGCUCCAUCGGAACUCUGGAGCCUGAGCAAGGAUUUAUAUAGAUCCCCAACUUAUCGAUGUGUCGCAGACUCCACACUUUGCACAUUUGUCUGUCUCCCCCGUCGUCUGGUUAGGACACAUGUGCUGUUGAGGAUGAGUGGUAUACACAGGUUUCUCACAAGGCGUGAGAAGAAAAACUCCAAAGAAGAGUCGAACCUUCUUUCUCGACCCCAUUUUCGUGGGUUUUUCUCAUCCGAUAAGAUACCGACCGGAGACACCAACGAGGAGGAAAAGAAGAUCAAGAUUUUGGAGCAACGUGUCGCACAGCUUGGUAUCACCGGCUUGAAACACGAACACUUUAGCUAUGCCCUGCAAUCGGAGCAUGCACAGGGCGAUGUAGACAAGGCGUUUGACAUGCUUAUGAUUCUUGAAGAUGCGAUCGAGGGCAUCAUAAGAGGAUACACGCCAACAACGAAGCUUCUUGGGGCAGUGAACCGCGAAGGGGUCACUUGCUACCUGGAUGCGCUGCUUUUUGCAAUGUUUGCGCGGCUGGAUUGCUUCGAGGCGAUUCUCUACAAAUCGUUCAAUGAUGAGCCCCGUCGGAAAUUAUCGAUACUGCUACGACUAUGGGUCAAUCUGUUGCGAUCGGGGAGACUUAUCACGACAGACCUUACAAAACACCUGCAGGAUGCCCUUGCAGAAUGCGGCUGGGAAGACGCGGCCAAGCUUCGCCAGCAGGAUACGUCAGAAGCGUUUACCUUCAUCACGGAAAAGCUAGAAUUGCCGCUCCUCACAUUGAAGAUGGACAUUUACCAUACCGGGAAAGAGGAUGUGAGCGGUGAUCACAAGUUUAUCAAUGAAAGACUUCUAGAAGUUGCGAUACCCGAGCCCGUUGAUGGUCAGACUGUGACCCUGGAAGACUGCCUGGAGUCGUACUUCAACAACAGGAUUGAGGUCAAGAGAUACCUAGAGCGGCGUUACACCGUGGGAUCAACUAAAUCCAUUGAUUCGUUGGCCAAAGGUUGUACGACCCACGUUGAGGCUAUUGAAGUUGGCUCGCCUUUGUCGCCAUGUUCGAGCCAGUCGCCUUCUCCGCUGGAAGAAAUAACGCCGGUGGCCUCACUGACAGGGGUGGUCGACUCGGAUCCUCCGCCAUAUCGACGGAGCAGCAUCGUUCAGGAGCGUUUUUUCCCCGAUGAUAUAAAGGCAAAGGACGGCGCGAUCGUGUCUCACAGGAGAGGCUCAUACAGGAAAGAAGUUAUGAUGCCCGCAUGGCAGUUUUUCAGCUUAAUACCAUGGUACACGGACAAUACCCCGACAAAUGACGCCCAAGUUGCCGCGCACUUUUCUUCGAAGCGACCGAUUUUAGGCAUGUGUCUAAAACGCUAUUCUAUGUCACCGAGUGGAAAAGCAGUCCGACUCGAUACAUUUAUAGACAUCCCUACUGAAAUAGGGCUGCCUCAUUUCAUCCAGGAUGACAGUAUGCACGAAGAAGGCCCCAUCUACGGGAAUUUUAAAUUAUCUUUGCAGGCAAUGGUGUGUCAUCGCGGCAACUCAGUGGAUUCAGGGCAUUACAUAUCCAUUGUGAGGGGUACGAGUGCUGGUGCACCUCCGGCCAGUUCUCAUGGUCCGGACCAGGAGAUGGCCUCUCCCGACGCGUCAAGAUAUUGGAUGCGGUUUGAUGACCUAGCAAAGGAGCGGGUUACGCUGGUCGACAUUGAACAGGCCAUGAAACACGAAUCGCCGUAUCUCCUGUUCUACCAGAUCUUGCCCAUCAACGAAGAUGCUGCGGCAGCCAAUCUUUUCGACAAGCCACCCUCUUCCGAAAUGUCGGCAGAUUCUCGAGAAUCGGAGGCUGGCAUUGCGCAGAGGCUACAUAAACCGUCCGUAGACGAGAUCGGUGGUGACGGCGCUGAGGGGUACGCUUCUGGACGGCCAAGCUUCGAAAUCACCGGCCCGGAUGGUGCAGACCCUGCGCCUAUGGGCCAGAACAGCCGAAAGCAAAGUGUAGCGUUCUCUGAGGUUUUUGAUCCAGGUUCGAUGCAGUCUUAUCCGUCGACUUCGCCGAGACUCACCCCACGAGAUGACGACGGCCGUGGCUCGUUCUCAUUUUCCCGGCGCAGUUCUCGAGGCACAAGAAGCACUCCGGGCAGCCGCGCGGGGAGCCAAGCCAGCGAGAGCAGGAUCAGCACUACCUUCUCACGAUUCACCGGGCGACUUAGCCGGGAUAGGUUCACCGGCGAUGGACUCACUGAAGGCGAUGGCGACGAGUUGACGGAGACUGAGCUUGGUCUGGGCGAAAAGUUCGCCCCGCCUAGCAGCGAGCGCAAGGGCCGAAGUCCCAGACGGACGAAGGAUUCGGAGAGAGUCAGAGAUAAGUUGAAGGACAAAUCGCGGGAAAAGAUUGGGCGGAAACUAGACCGGGAGUGCGUUGUGAUGUGACCACGUUGAUGACGAUGAUGACUCAAUCUUCAUGUUUCGCAUAGCUUUCCAUUUUUAAUACCUUGACGCGCUAUGAUCCCAGGUUGCAUGUGUGAAGGACAAGGGAAUGGAUACCCAAGCAAGGUGCAUGUUGUGUGUUCUCGUUGAGGAUUUGCAUCGGCGUUCUGUAGACUGCAUUGUGGGGUAAUUAAGACGUGUAGGUAAGCUAUUGAGCGUGUGUGGCCAUUAUUAUAGCACCAUAGCACCGAAUUUAUAUUCCAUAUG